AUGGCAGCAACGAGUCAAGAGAUUAAUGAGAAUUGCCUGACGUGUGUCAUCUGUCUAGACCGCUAUAUCAAGGCUAAAAUUCUGCCGUGUCAACAUUCUUUCUGCAAGCAGUGUUUGUGUGAUCUACUGGAUUCCCAGGAUUGGCGUUUACAGUGUCCAAGUUGUCAGCAAAUGUACGACAUCCCUUCUGGAAGUAUCGACGAACUCCCUUCAAGUACGUUUGUUAACCGUCUUGUGGACCUAAUAGAUGAACAGGAAAAACAAGUUUCUGGGGAAAUUUGUCGAGUAUGUUUCAAAAAUUGUGUAAUGAACAGGUGCAUUGACUGUACAAUAGAUCUGUGUGCGUUAUGCGCGGCAUCGCACAAAAUGAAACCUGACAUGUUUGAUCACCAAGUGCUCUCAACUGAGGAAUUUAUAGACUGUUUGACAAGAGACCCUUCCAUUGCACAACCGAUAGGACGGUGUCCGUCUCACAAUCAGCGAACUGACAUCUAUUGUAGAUCAUGUGCUAUUUCGUCCUGUUCGAAAUGUGCAAUUCUGAUUCAUCGCGAUCAUGAUCUGAGUGACAUACAGGAUGCUGCGAAUGACUUCCGUAUCAAGACAAGAAUAAGUUUACAUGAUGUCAAAGCUAAGGAACUUGACAUGCAGAACAGGAAGCGAUCUGCCAUUGAGCACUCUCGGUCCUUAUUAGAGGAAUACACAAGGCAACAGGUGUCUGUGAAAACACACUUCCAGAGAACUAUGGAUGCCUUUUAUCAAGAACUUAAAGAUAAAGAAGAGCUGGUCUUAAGCAGGUUAAAAUCUGAGUACCUACAGCUUGAUGAAAAAAUGAAAUCUGAGAUUGGUAAACUUAAUACUACAGAAGACCAGUUAUCGAAGACUGUUAUCUGUGUUGAUAAGAUAUUACAAUAUAGUAACGAUUCUCAGUUGAUGACAAAUAGCGAUGAAAUGACUCAUAGAAUUGGAAUGGUUAAAUUAAUGUUUAACAACGACAUGACAGUUGAUAAUAGUGAUGCCAAACUACCACAGUUUAUUCCCGGUGAAUUAACUCUGCAAGGUAGCUUUGGAACCUUGAAUAGUGAUGUCGAUAUAGGCGGGAACACCGAUCGUUUGAGAGACUCACUGGAUUAG